AAAUGUCAAAUGUCAAGUCGACAGUCGAGUCCGAAAUUAUUUGCAAACGAUCAGUGAACAAGUACUAAAAAAACCAUAAAAACUACUCGUUUGGCUUAAAGUAAUAAAAUUGUUUAAUUAGAAUAUGGGUAUAGAGAACAUGCGUCGUUGGCCAAUGUACAUCGUGUUUGCUGUGUGCAUAUUGCUCACACUUUCACUAUUCAAUAGUUGGAGUUUAGAGACCGAAUUACGAAACAGAAUCGCCGAGAUAAGCACCCAGCUACAGGACUGUUCCAAACAGCAGACAUCAUGUAUGGAAGACUCGCUCACUCUCAUCGAACAAAAGGAAGGUUAUUUAUCAAAGGUAAAUAGUUUAGAAAAACGUAUAAAUACACUCGCCUCUGAAGUCGGUAAAUACAAAGAAAUGGCGAAUAAGGCAGAGACUCAGGUCAACCGCACGCUAGUCGAUGUGGAACUAUGCAAGACUGAGUUACAGUCACUCAAGAACCUCCAGUUGAGUAAGACUGCCACACUGGAAACUUUAAGGUUAGAAAAAGAAACCCUUAACACUCAGUUGACAGAAAGGAAAGAGAAAGUUGGUGAAUUGGAAAAAGAAAUAGAAAGGUUGAAGUCUGCCCUGACUACAAAGAAUGUGUCAAAUGCACCAGCACCGGUUAUAUCUAAGGUCACACCGGCGGCCGCACCACCUAAAUUAAGUUCCUCACUUAACAUGAAUAUCCCAAUAAACGAACCCGUCCUUGAGAAUGAUGCAAAAGAAGAGCUGGAAGACACAAAUUUAGUAAAUGAUGGUCAAGAUUUUGAUCCCCAGCUUCAGUAAUUAUAGUUUCCAAUGAACAAAUUAUUGAUGUAAUCCAAGCCUGGUGAUCUUAAGGGCAAAGAGUAAGUGUCAUUUGAAUGCAUUGGCCUUUGUUACAAUGUUUUAUUGUACUUGUUACCUUUUAAUGUUAGGAAUUUUGGACUACCAUUGUCAUUUUACAGGGGAUGUAAUUUAAGUAUUUUUGCCAUACAUCCUUAACAUGCUACAACAUGUUAUUUGCCCUUUGUAUGUCUUCAUAAUGUUGCAGAAGCCAUAAAAUACAACCUAUUCAAGGAUCUUCUUCAUUCCAUAGUAAAUAAAUAUUAAACUACAAGUUAAAUGAUAUUUUAUGUUUAUCUACUUAAGUGAGUGAUGUAGUUUAUAUCAUCACAAUAAAUAGUAAUUACACUUCUAUAUCAUACAUGUUAUGCUGUAUGAAUGUAGACUAGACUUAGAUUAUAUUUAGAUAUAUUGAAAAACUAUGUUAAUGAGCCAUAAGGCUAUGCCAUUCACUGUUGCUAUAUAUAAUGCUGAUUUUGGCAGACAACAACUUAAUUAUAAUUUAAUUUGACAGUUUCAAAGUAGCUUCUUUUAAUUCUAUUUUUAGAGCUGUCUAGCCAAUGAAUAACUUUCAUCACAAAAUAAUUAAUUGAUCUGCCUCAACAACUCAGCUUUCCUCAAUUGAUUAUUUAUAAAUCAUAAGAAGUUUUUACAUAAAGUAAUAGUAUGGAAUAUUGGUCAAACAGUGAAUGCUUAACCUUUACUGGAGCCAAGAAGGUGCCACAGCAUUUAAGAUCUGACUUAUAUCUUCCUAUAAUAUAAUCAUUUAUUAUUACAUUGAUCAUUUACUGCAAUUAUAUAUAUAGACAUGUAUAAUUAUAAUGGGCGGAUCCUAACGUGAGUAGAUAGAUAAUAUUUACUGGGUCAAAGGUUUCUAGAGUAUUAUUUUAAAUGGAAAAUUUUUAUAUUAUUUUGUGAGGUUUGGCAAUUUGGCUCAAAAUCUUAGUUUGUCACACUCUUCUCCCUGCUACAUUUAGCUGCUUUAAAGUGGUUGACAAAACUUUGACUGUGAAUUGCAUUUUGUAUGUAUUAUGUGCAAUUUAUAUGUAGAUUUUUUGUGCCCAUAUCUUAAGUGUGAUUUUUGUAUGUUUAGUAUGUAUGUAACAAUACAAUUGGCCCUUGAGGCUAUGAUUCGUGUUCUACUGUAGUGUUAUCAUUAUAGCAUACAUUAGAUUCUAUUCAUUAAAAUUCAUGAGUAGUGUGUUGGAUGGGUGCUACUCUCAUAUUUUUUCUGUGAUGUAAAUUGGAAGUUCUUAUGGAAUUGUAUUGAUAUGCCUGCCUUUAUUGCAUCUUACGUUUAAUGUAUACGAAAAUAAAAUUAUUUUACCAAAA